AUGGCUAGUCAUCACCCAAUACAUGUCCACCCAGCGCGGCCUUUAUAUCGCAUUACAGCAACUGCACUUAGUGCUAGCAUGUGGUUUUUUUUAAUGUAUCGUGCUAAAAAGGAUGGCGCUGCUCUCCUUGGCUGGAAACAUCCCUGGGAUCAUUGA